AUGGCUAAAACAUGUGCCGAUGUCGACUGGCCAACAACGAAAGAUGGUUCCAAAAACGAUGAUCGUUUCACAAUACCGCAAGUAACAAAUGAAGAUGGAACUAGAGAUAUGCGAUAUAAUUUAUUUGAAAAACCCAAUUUCUGCAAAUCCGAACAAUUAACUACCAGCGGUUCAAAUGAAUAUGAAGCAACAAGCGCUCCUCAUGCACCAGGUGUUUAUCAAAUUUCAACAACUGAUGGUCCUGGAAGACCAACUACCAAAUAUACAGGAAUGUCAGGUGAUUUGAGCACAAGGAUAGAUCAACAUGGUCGUGGUGAAAGUAACAUUAGCGAACAAAUGAAUGAAGCAUCUGGUCAAGGAAUGAACACUCGUGUACAGUAUUCCGAAACUGAUAGUCGUGCUGAAGCGAGAGGACAAGAAAUGUUUUUGCUUGAUCAGCACAAUUUUGACUGGAACGAUCGAAAUAACGGCGGACGUGAUUAG